UCGGAGCCGAGGCGGAGCGAGAUAUGGGAACACCGAAUCACCAAAAGGAGUGAUGACCAGUGAUCUCAUGUUAAUUUUGGAUGUUUUUCUGCCUUUGGACAUCCAUUUGAAAACGCCACACCAGCUCCUGGGAUCAGACCUUUAUCCACUCAAAAUUCCUCUUUGCUUGAACUACUAAAGUCUGUCCUUGUAUACCACUAAUGGCUACUCAAAGGAAACACUUGGUGAAAGAUUUCAAUCCUUACAUCACGUGCUACAUCUGCAAAGGGUAUCUGAUCAAGCCAACUACGGUAACAGAAUGUCUUCAUACAUUUUGUAAGACUUGUAUCGUCCAGCAUUUUGAAGAUAGCAAUGAUUGUCCAAGGUGUGGCAAUCAAGUUCAUGAGACAAACCCAUUAGAAAUGUUAAGGUUGGAUAAUACCUUAGAGGAAAUUAUAUUUAAGCUGGUUCCUGGACUACGAGAACAAGAACUUGAGCGUGAAUCUGAAUUUUGGAAGAAAAAUAAGCCUCAGGAAAAUGGACAAGAUGGUACCUCAAAAAUGGACAAACCUACAGUAGAUGAAGAAGGUGAUGAAAAUCAAGACGACCAAGAUUAUCACAGAAGUGACCCACAGAUUGCUAUAUGUCUAGACUGCUUACGAAAUAAUGGACAGUCAGGAGACAAUAUAGUAAAGGGUUUAAUGAAGAAAUUUAUACGGUGUUCUACACGCGUCACUGUGGGGACUAUUAAAAAAUUCCUAAGUUUAAAGCUGAAACUUCCAAGUUCUUAUGAGUUGGAUGUACUGUGUAACGGUGAAAUUAUGGGGAAGGAUCAUACUAUGGAAUUCAUCUACAUGACAAGAUGGCGACUAAGAGGCGAAAAUUUUCGGUGUCUGAAUUGCUCAGCUUCACAAGUCUGCUCUCAGGAUGGCCCUUUGUAUCAGUCAUACCCCUUGGUAUUGCAGUAUCGACCAAGAAUUGAUUUCGGUUAAACCCAGGGGCCUAAAGCCCACUGAGAUGAAUCCUGCACUAUUUGUUUACUCAACAGAUUGCACAGGGAACCUGUGUAUGGACUAGUGGGACACAACCAGAUUUUCAGCAUGCAAAUAAGGCCAUUGUCUGUAUCUAAGUUGUCUGUUGCAUUUAUGUUGUUUCUGUUAAGAGCAAACCAAGUGCCAUUUUGCUACUGGACUGUCUGCAUAAAGUAUUUGUGCUGUCUCAGGUUGAAUAAAUCAUAGUUA